GGCGCUGGCGGGGGAGCAGGAGAGGAUACGGGACCUCGAGGUGGUGAGCACCAGGGGCGUGGUGGACCUCCAGGAUCGGACCGCCUCAGCGCCCUCGAGACCAGCACGAAGGCGGCCGCCUUCCAGUUCAAGAAGGCGGAGGGAUCUCUGGACACCAGGCUGGUGCACCUGGAGUCGCAGCUGCAGGACCAGGGCCAGCAGGUCGGUCGCCUCCAGGUUACCGCAAACGGCGAGAACGGCUGGGACUCGCGGCUGCACCACCACGAGACGGUCCUGACGGCCCUGCAGUCGAAGCUGCAGAGCUUCGAGGAGUACACCAACAGGAUCGAUGAUGCCGUCAGGCAAAGGUGGGGCAGCCAGAUCGAUAAGCUGGAGAAGCUGGCCGAGGAAACGGCGCGCGAGAGCAGCGCUCGGUGCAGCAGCGCCUUCGGCCUUCGUUGA